UCUUCUUCCUGCCCUUUUAGAGGGAGAAAGAAAGGGGGAUGGAGAGAGCGCCAAGAUCGAUGGCUCACGACGUUGCAGGCGUCCAUGACACGCUCCGUUUCGGCUUCUCGGGCGUCAAGAACGAGCUCGGCGUUGCUCACCCCCUGCAAUCGCUCGACUCGACGGUGAAGAAGCAGGCGGAAACGAAGCGGAUGAUCCUUGGCAACACUUACGGAUCGGCGUUCCACUUGAGAAUGGAUCUCGAUCGGCAGAUUCUUUCCAGAUUCCAGCGGCCACCAGGUGCAUUACCGUCUUCCAUGCUUGGCUUGGAGGCACUUACGGGUAGCCUGGAUGAUUUUGGCUUCGUAGAUUACCUGAAUGAUCCUCGUGAAUCAGAAACCUUCAGGCCCGUUGACAUGCAUAACGGGAUGGAAACCCGGCUUGGUCUAUCUAAAGGACCAGCCCACUCUAGCUUCAUUUGAACAUACGAUCAUUUAUUUGCAUUCUCAAACUGUCAAACAUUGUCUGUAGGUUUAUAAGCCAUUGAUGAAUGCUAUGAUACAACUAGUUUUUCUAUAAACUGGGCGUGCCUCUUAAAUGAUUUUGUCAUUA